AUAGUAAAAAGAACCAAAAAAGAAGAAGACAGAAAACAAAAAUUUAUUGCUACUUUUAUUGCUACUUUAAAAAUUAAACGCAUCAUAGUAAAAAAACAUCACAUAUGGACACCAUAAAGAAAUGGUUCUCACUUUUAUAUCUACGGUAUGAAAUAGUCACAUGCGCAUCGAUGUUUGAACCAUGGGAAAAGAUUUUUAUAAAUGUCGUGAUAUUUUCAAGUUUGCUCCUUUUGAUUGUCUCCUCAUGUAUCUUCUUGCCAAACUAUUUGUCUUAUUUGUUAGAGCUCUUCGGAUUGACUUCAGAUAGACCAGACACAGGAUUCAGAGAGAUUAAAACAUAAAUAAAUUGUACACAUAAAUCAAAAUUCAAGUACCUAUUGAUAAUAUUGGAAUGGGAAAUGUCUCAGAAAAUAAAACUUUUCUUUAUGUGAUUCUGGAAACUUUA